AUGGUCGCAGCUCACGGCCGCCGGUGCUGUCGGCGCCUCCGUCGAGUCCGGCGGUACCAAAAAACUGUGAACAUCACCGAUUAUUGUAAAAAUUCCCGUCACGAUGCGACACUGACCUGCCCCACUUCAACAAAGAGCUCCGUCGCCGGCUCGGCACCAUCGCCACCGUCGUCAGGUCUCUACAGCGGAAUUACUCUUUUUACAACCACCGCCUGGACCAGUUCUUUUUUGUGUAAUCAUCUGCUCGUCUCGCUGCCCGGUCAAACCUCGUGGUCAGACCAGCUACUCCGUCCGGCGAAGCCUACGUUCCUGUUUUUAAUACGUCAAGUCAACGACGCCAUGAUGGGCUAG